AUGUUCCCAAUAAUAUAUUUGAUUUUGGUUCACGCCCUCAUUGCUCUCACCAAUGGUCAGUCUGCUCAUGUUGAUGUUACAGAAAUGCAAGGCAUAAAUAUCCAAAAUACAAAUUCCAAGAUAAGCAUGGAUGAUCAUGACGACGAUAAUAUGAUUUGGAUCCCGAAUAACACUUAUAAAAAAAUAGUACACUAUUCUAAAGUAUGUGGUCUGACAAGUUGUAUGAGAUUGAAUGGUAUAGUCCAAGGUAAAAGACUUGAUAAAGGUGGGUGCCCGAGACAUCUCAGAUUUUGUCAUGAUGAAGAUAUUAAUCCAACAGCAUCUGAUACCACGAUUGCUCUAGUAUUAGAGGCAGAUAAAGGCGAACUUGGUUCUGGUUUUAUCAUGGUCGAUCAUAAAAAUAGAGUCAUCACCGUCGUAUUCAGAAGUUCUACAACAAUCCAGGACUGGAUUAGUGAUUUUACAAUUUUACCAAUAGACUAUUCUCCAGUCUGUAGUAAGGAGUACAAACGAAGUAUCGAAAAAGGUAUAAUUAAAGAGUGCCGAAAUUGUAAAAUGCACAGAGGCUUCCAUGUGUUUACUAAGACACUUAGUAGGCAUUUUUUGAGAAAAAUUGAAGGAAUACUUGAAAGUUAUCCAGACUUCCAUGUAGUUGCGACAGGUCAUUCAUUAGGGGCAGCAUUAGCCAUUAUGACCGGGAUUGAGUUGAAACUUAGAGGAUAUGACCCAUUGGUGUUAACAUACGCUUCACCAAAGAUUUUUAAUACUGAAAUGCAAGAGUGGGUGAAUGAAUUGUUCGACACAGAAGAAAUACAUGAACGUAUAAUGGAAAAGGGAAAACUUAACCUCAAGCAUGGAUAUUUUAGGGUCAUCCAUAAUGAUGAUUAUAUACCUUUGCUACCACCAUUUUAUCACACGGCAGGGAUUGAAAUCGUUAUAGAAAAAAGAAAUUUACCCCACGAACCUCAAGAUCUAGAUUACCGUGGACCUUCAGAAAAAGCUAAUCUCAUGACAUCCAGCAUGCUUGGUGAGGAUUAUGUUGAUCAGCUCUUGCAUACUUAUGAGCACAGAUCGUAUUUCAUUGAUAUGGGGUCAUGUGCAAAUUAUUGA